GCCCUGGGACCUCUGGGGCCCGUGUGGAGUUGCUCUCCUGCUAGAAGCGGUCCUUGCUGUGGGGAGUCUCCGGGAAGGCACGGGCCCUGGUACUGGCCUGGCCGAUGGCUGCCAGCUGUGAUGAGUGCUGAGGUCCCGCUUCUCAGAAGAUGCACUAUUAUAGAUACUCUAACGCCGAGGUCAGCUGCUGGUACAAGUACCUCCUUUUUAGCUACAACAUUGUCUUCUGGCUGGCUGGAGUUGUCUUCCUUGGAGUCGGACUGUGGGCAUGGAGCGAAAAGGGGGUACUGUCUGACCUCACCAAAGUGACCCGGCUGCAUGGAAUCGACCCUGUGGUGCUGGUGCUGAUGGUGGGCGUGGUGAUGUUCACGCUGGGGUUCGCUGGCUGCGUGGGGGCCCUGCGGGAGAACAUCUGCCUGCUCAAGUUUUUCUGCGGUACCAUCGUGCUCAUCUUCUUCCUGGAGCUGGCCGUGGCCGUGCUGGCCUUCCUCUUCCAGGACUGGGUGAGGGACCGGUUCCGGGAGUUCUUCGAGAGCAACAUCAGAUCCUACCGGGACGACAUCGACCUGCAGAACCUCAUUGACUCCCUUCAGAAAGCCAACCAGUGCUGCGGGGCCUAUGGGCCUGAAGACUGGGACCUCAACGUCUACUUCAACUGCAGUGGUGCCAGCUACAGCCGUGAGAAGUGUGGGGUGCCCUUCUCCUGCUGUGUGCCGGACCCUGCGGUGAGUCGGCCUGCCCCCAGAAUGUGGAGCGGUUCCUAGCUCUAAGGGCUCUGG